CUAAUUGGUCUUCAGUUUUGAUGAUUUUUGCUACGUUUCCGAAGCCCCGCCUAUGAGGGAAAAUUUCAGUGUAUGGCGUUUACCCACAGUGGAACGUCCUUCCCAAGUGGUCUUGGGUGUUCGCUGACGCGGCAUAAACCUGCAGGUAGGCAGUGCCCGCACAGGUGCAGAGGAAACACUCAGGAGUGAAUGACAACCACUGGUUCACUGUUGAGCCCUCGACUGGCUGAUCUCAGAGCAGACAGGAAAUCUGCGAGGGAACUGUGCGAGAAGUUUGACGACUGAAGACUUGAAGUCAUUUCCAUAUCGAGAUGUCAGUCAAACGAGCAGACGGCGUGUCCAUCGCCCAGGCGUUGGCCAUGACCGUGGCAGAGAUACCUGUGUUUCUCUAUUCCACAUUUGGGCAGUCCAUAUUUUCCCAGCUAAAACUUACCCCAAACUUGAAGAAAGUGCUCUUCGCCACAGCGCUGGGCAGCGUCGCUCUGGCGCUAACUGCUCAUCAGCUGAAAAGACGGGGGAGGAAGAGGAAGCAGGCGACGCAACUGAAGGAAGGCCAGAAGACAGUGGGGAUGCCUGAGGCACUGAUAAGAACAGGAAGACCCACUUCAUUAAAGAGAGGUCCCAUUUCUGGUCGACAGAUGAUGAGUCCCAGCACCAGGAGCAAUGACACCAUGAGUGGAAUUUCCUCCCUGGCUCCCAGUAAACAUUCGAGUUCCUCUCACAGCCUGGCAUCAAUGCGGGUGCCAAGCUCCCCGAAUCAGUCCGGUAAUCCAUCAACUCCCUGGGAAACAGAGCCUGUGGUGGAGGAGUCUGUGGCGCUGGAGGACGCUAACGCAGACAAUCUUUAUUUAAUGGGGAUGGAGCUUUUUGAGGAAGCCCUGCGAAAGUGGGAACAAGCUCUAAAUAUUCGCCAUCACAGCUCCUCAACUUCAAGCAACCACAGCUUUGCUCUGGAGGGGGCCGCGGGUGGAGACAUGUCCAUGAUUGAAACCCGUAAUAAAGUGUUUGCUGAGAAGCUGGAGACACUGCUCCACCGAGCGUACCACCUACAGGAAGACUUUGGCAGCACUAUUCCAACAGACAGCGUGCUCGAAGACUUUGAGAGUGAAAGAACUCUUAUUUUGCCUAAAAUGGAGAGCUUUCAAAGACUUCAGGAUGAUGACGCGGCCACUGUGACCUCUGAAGACUCCUUCUUCACGGCUGUGUCUAUGGUAGAGUCCAUGACUCUAGAAGAGGUCUACCAUCCACUCAACCAUGCGGCUCUUUAUGAAGAAGCCUUGUCUUUGGCGCGGGAGAGCAGAGUACCCUGUAGGUCCCUGAGGACUGAUUUACUUGAAUGUUAUGACGAUCAUGAUUUCCUUGCUAAACUUCACUGCAUAAGACAAGCAUUCCAGGUUCUGUUGUUAGAUGCAACUCAUCGCACAUUUUUCAUGGAGACUGGGAAGCAAAUGAUCACAGGCCUAAUGGUGAAGGCAAACAAGAGUCCCAAAGCCUUCUUGGAGAGCUACGAGGACAUGCUGCUCUACACUCAGAGGGAGGAAACGUGGCCCGUCACCAAGAUGGAGCUGGAGGGCCGCGGGGUGGUGUGUAUGAACUUUUUCGACAUCGUGUUGGACUUCAUCCUGAUGGACGCCUUUGAGGACCUGGAGAGCCCUCCGUCCUCUGUGGUUGCUGUGCUGAGAAACCGCUGGCUCUCUGACAGCUUCAAAGAGACGGCCCUGGCAACAGCCUGCUGGUCUGUUCUCAAAGCCAAAAGGCGUUUGCUGAUGGUGCCUGAUGGUUUCAUAUCACACUUCUAUGUCAUAUCGGAACACGUGAGCCCAGUUUUAGCUUUUGGGUUUUUGGGCCCCAGACAACACCUAAGUGAAGUGUGCGCAAUCUUCAAGCAACAAAUUGUCCAGUACCUGAAGGAUAUGUUUGACAAUGACAAAGUCCGCUUCACCUCUGCUCAGAGCUUGGCUGAGGACAUCCUUAACCUCUCCCACCGCCGGAGUGAAAUUUUACUGGGGUAUCUGGGCAUUGACAGCCUUCUGCAGCUCAAUGGUUCUGCACCCACAGACACGGAGGGUUUGGCAGCAUCCCACAUAAACAAUUAGUUUUUUUAAGGCCUUCGGGGGGUGCUGCAGAGCAGAUACAGUGAGCUGGGGAUGUGCAGCUCAACACCUAUUUUUUCCCAAGUCUGGUUUGAAUUGUGUUUCCAUUAUACAUCCAGAGACGGAGAUCGUUCAAUCCUUUAUGACCGUCUAACACUGGGGCCUCGAACUCCCAGCCCACAAACCCACCCACAUCCCACAUCCCCCCUGUUCUCAGCCGCUGUGUUGCCCUCUGUUGUCAUUAGCCUCAUAUGAGACAUACGAAGACUUGUCUCUGCCUUCAUGAACAGCAAGGAAACAAACAUACGAGAUUCAGAACCCUUCUACACACGAUGACCGGGCCUUCUACACCAUCACUCCACAUGGGGGCAGUGUCUUACACAUGAGGAGUGGUUGCAUUGUGACCAUCCCAGAGCCUGACUGCUAAAAUCAGUUGUUUUUUCUUAGUCUUCAUGAUUAUGCAGUUAUUAAGCAUUGAUGCCAGUCUGUUAAUACUUUAUAAAAAAGGGAGAAAAAUAUUUAUUAAUUACAGUAUGUAUCAUUCAAUAUUGCCAACUUUAUGAGACCAUAAAUUUAUGCUGCUUCCUGAAAAAUAUAAUGAAUUUGUCUUUCCACUGACCCGAGUAUUGAUUCCAGAUUAAUAUGAUGGACUCAUUAAGUGUAAAAAAAAGUAUCGUACAGUGAAAUCCUAUUCCACACCGGUUCUUUUACAAACUUAGAGACAAAGAGUAACAAAAGACUUUUUCUUGUGUGAAAUUCAAAUGACAAGAAAGUCUUUUAAAUACAUUACAGUCACAUAGAACAAAUUCAAUUUUGAAAAAACAAACAAUUAAUUAGGCAUAUUUGUCAAUUUCAAGUGGAAAUCCAGUUAAGUGUAACAUUUUACAGCAGUUCACUUUAAGUUUGGUAGUUUUGCAUUGUACUUUACGCUACAAAAUACAAUUGUAUUUUUGUACAGUAUACAAUUGGUUCAUCACAGGAAAAAGCACAAAGAAACGCUAUUCAGAUUGGCUGUUUUGAUGCUUUUACUUCAUAGCAGUUUGUGGGCGAAAAUAUCUUCCCAUUUGUAAUAGAGUACGUCUACACACCCUGUUAAGAAGAAUCACUUUAAACUUGUAACUUACAUAUUACUCCUUGGCUGAGCCCCCAACAAACAACCACCCCUAAAAUUCUUUCCUAUUUCUACCCUAUUGUAGUUUAAGCUAAUGGUACAGUCUGUGGAAUGUGGUGCUGAUGUAUGCUCUCCUUUUUCUCCUGCAGGGGGCUGCUACUGAAAUACUUUAUAUUUCAUAUAAAUCGGAUCCCAACACUUUUUUUAAAAAAUGUCAGGCAAAUUAAACAUUUAGCUUUCUGUGCUAGCAUUUGUUCUCUGGAUAGAACAGAGACACCAGUAACUUUAGCUUUACAUUACAGUAGGAUAGAUCAAGAUAAAACUGCAUGGCUAAGCUACAUUAGCGCUGAGCAGCACUGAUCUGUGGAUCUGUAAACCUUCCUUAAAUAUCCAAACUGUAUUUUACAACAUUAACCUGUGCAUUUGACAACCAAUCAACUACAUUAUUAUCUCAAGUUACUUUUUUAUUUAAUUUAAAACGUGUUUUUUUUGGGGGGGGUUAUUGAACUAACAAUAAUCAGUUAUCUUUAGCUCACUGAAGAAAAGAACCCUCACUCGUUCUGUCUUUUGGUGUUUUAAAGCCGUUUUUAAAAAUGGAUGAUUGCCCCCUUGUGGGUGGUACAGGCAGGGCAGCAGGCUCGCAGACAAAGCAGUUAGACUUGGCCAUUAAAACAAUUAGAUGCAUUACUUUAGAACUGAUUAUUUUGUCAAAGGGAAUUCUUGCUGACUAUUCCUUUAAGAAUCAUGUAAGGGUUGAAUUUGUUGACAUUAAUAUUUCCUACUGUUUGAAGAAUGUGUUUUUGUAAAAGAGGCUGUGGCUCAUUAACAAAAUGAACCAGGAGAUCUAUGUAUAAUUUUUUCCAUUCCAUUAGGAAUUGUGUUGAGAAAGUGGGCAUUGUACAGUGAUACAGUGAACUGUCAUACCUCUGUAAGUGCACUGAUGAUAAUCUCUGAAUUGUCCGUCUUUAAAAUGCCAAUCUUU